AACAUCUGGCAAUACUACGACAAAAAUGUAAAUAAAUCCAAAAAUUAAAACUGAUUUCGUUAAUGUUUCGAAUAAUAAAAGACAUUUAUCAUAAAAUUUCAUUAUAAUUUUGUCAAUUGUGAUCUUAGGUAAAAGUAGAAAAAUAUAAAACAAUUAUUCGACAAAGACAUUGACAUUUAAGUGAUGAAAUAAAGCGUCAGUUUUGAAAAACCAUGACAACGUGAAAUAACAAAACGUCAAAGAAAUCGAAAUCAUUUCAAUUAAAGAUAACAAAAUGAUAUUCUUGAAAAACUUUUUCAAUUCUUUGUAUUUGUUUUUCCGUCCAUUAAUCAAAUGGUUUCUUCAUCGGUUCACAAAUUUAUGUGAGCUGCAGCGAUUAUGUUAUGGAGCGCAUUCCGGUUAUAAGCGAUGUAAGCUUGUUGAAAGAUCUCUUAAUCUCUCAAAAAAGUCACAAAUCAAACAUUUGGUUUACUGUCUCAACGAUCUCACAUCACAUCCGAUGUCAGAUUCGCAAAUUCAGUCUGAAAUUGUGGAUCGAGCCAUUAACACAGUACUACUUGUUAAGAAAAUAAAUCCAAAAUAUCAUCCUGGAUUUCCGCCAUCGUUUGGAAGAUGUGUUGAAGCUAUUUAUGGGUACAGAAGGUUGGUGACGAUUAUAGAAGAUCUCAGACUAGAACAAUACGAUCCAAAUAGCGAAGUCCACGAACGAAAGUUGAUGGCACUUUGGCACAAUCUUAUGCCCGAUGUGAAAUUAGAAGGAAGAAUCACAAAGCAAUGGCAAGAAAUUGGAUUCCAAGGUGACGAUCCUGGAACUGACUUCAGAGGAAUGGGCAUGUUGGGACUUGAGAAUCUGCUUUACUUUUCUCGUGAAUAUCCCGGCACAGCUCGUCAUCUUCUGUGUCACUCACAACAUCCCAAGUAUGGUUACACUUUUGCUGUUGUUGGUAUCAACAUCACUCAUAUGGCUUGGCGACUGUUGAAAGAAGGCCACGCUAAAGCUCACUUUUAUAAUCUCCUUCGGACAGGCACACGAGGAUAUCCAACACUUGAACAAUUCCAUCAAUUUUAUUGUUAUCUUUUCUAUGAAUUCGAUUCCUUCUGGAUUAAUGCUAAACCUGAUAAUUUAAUGCAGUUUAACAAUGUUCAAGAUAAAUUCGAACGAACAAUUAGAAAGGUCAGUGAUCGAGAGAAUUGUUUGUUUAAAAUGAAUUUAAGUGUUGAAAAUGUUUAAUUGCUUUUAUUUGCUUACAGUUGAUUCAAAAACUUUCAAAUCCUGUAAAAUUUAAAACAAUAUUAAUAAAAUAGAAGUUUCAAUUG